AUGCCCGGCGCAAGCGUUGCGGUCCUUCCCACGUCCGCUUCAUCAACACCGGCCUCACGCAAGGCCUCACUCGCCCCGGAACGCAAAUACAAGUGCCAGUUCUGCAACCGAGCCUUUAGCAGAAAUACCAAGGAGCGCCCCUUCAAGUGCAUGAAGUGCCGUAGCACCUUUGUCAGACGCGACCUUCUCCUUCGACACGAUCGCACCGUCCAUGCCAAGGAUGGAGGUGUGCCUCUUCACAGUGAUGGUAAAAGACGUUCAGGUCCCAAGACACGAGCCAUCGGCGGUCCGGCCAAGACACCCAUGCUCGACCAGUCCGCAUUAGAUCAGAUCGAGGCCGCUUCUCACGACGGCACCUUCGACAUCGAGACCGCUGCAAUGCUUGUCGCCGACUUCCAACACAAGGCCGCCGCUGGCGCACGCUCAGGAGGCAGCCCCUCGAUGCCCUACUCGCCGCAUGCUAUGGAGCCUACCGUCACGUAUCCUUCAGGCGCCAUCCCCGUGCCUCAGUGGGAGAGCUUCAUGUCUCAAUCAUCCGAAGCCAAGGCCCAUUCCAUCGCAUCAUCGGCAUCCGGCUCCUUCGAGUCUCAGCAGUCCUUCAACAGCACAAGCACCAUGCAGCCUCACAACGUUCAGCUCCCGCCUAUCAACGGCCAGACGUGCAACGGCCUCGUCCCAGCACUCCAGUCCAUGAUCAACUCCUUGCCGAACUCUGGAACUGGUACGCCUGUUCCGCAGAGUCCCUUUGUUACGGAGGCGACGUUGUCUGCCGCUGGCUUCCGGGCUCCCCAGGUUGUGAACGACGAUGAGCGAAACCAGAUUCUCGACAACAUUCGUGCUCAAGACACCGAGCAUGCUAUUCCUGAGGGUUUUCGCCUUCCCAACCUGGCCUCGCUGAACCGAUUCCUGUCCACAUACUUCGGGCUCUUCCAUCACCACCUCCCGUUCCUGCAUCCUGCCUCCUUUGACUCGACCAAAGUGUCUCCUGCUCUGCUCCUCGCAGUCCUCAGCAUCGGAGCACUAUAUGCGUUUGACCAGGAUCAGGCCUACAUGCUUCACAUCGGGUCCAAGGUGCUGGUCAACCAGUUCCUGCAGAACAAGGAGAACUUCAGCUCUCGCAAGUGCCCGCUAUGGACGAUGCAAGGUUCGCUCCUAAACAUGAUCUUCGCCAGCUGGAGCGGUGACCCGAAGGGACUCGAGUGGGCUUGCUCCAUCAAGAGUUUGCUCGCCAACAUGGUGGCUGGAAACCGGUACGAGCUCAAGCUUCGCCAGGAGGCUCGCUCAGGCGCCCACCCCACUCGCAGCGAGUGGAUUGAAGACGAGGGUUGCCGACGCACCUACUACGCCGUCUACAUCUUUUUCGGCUUGCUCACCCUGACAUACAACCACACGCCGGCAAUCAGCUUCAACGAGUUUGAGGACCUGCAGCUUCCUUCCACGGAGGCGCUCUGGAACCUCAAGGUUGCGGACGAAGCUGCUUGGCACGAACAUUUGAAGGCAUCGCCUGUGGUUACUUUCAUGGAGGCGCACGACAACCUGUUCCAGGGAGAGACACUUCGGUACAGCGCGUUUGCGUCGAGGGUUAUGAUUAACGCUCUAUUCCUUGAAGUUUGGUAUCAUAAGCGCAGCCCCGAGGCACUUCAAGACGUUGUGACCGAAUACAAGCUCAGACUCGCCCUCGAGACAUGGGAGAAAUCCUGCGAGCUUUGCGAGCCUGAGAGCGUCGCGGUCCCGUUGAGUGCUCCUCACAAGGGACACCCCCUCAUCUUCAACGCCAAGGCUAUGUACCGGAACGCGCGGGCCCGUCUGGAAGUCGAUCUGAAAUCCGUGCAAGAGGCAUUGCGCUACCACGAUUCCUAUGAGGUUGCAGCUGCCAUGUCGAACGCGCGGGAUCGCGUCAAGCGCUCGAGCGAGAUGAUCAAGGUGAUCCAGGAGUGCUACAACUGCAUUGAGAUUGCCGUGGUACAGGGUGUACGCUGGGUUGCGCGUACUUCGCCGACGAACUGGAGCGUUGAGCACGCCUUGUGUGGUCUUGACCUGAUGAUUGUCCUUUCGCUCUGGCUCUACCGUCUGGAACAUGACGAGGAGCAGGCUACAGAGGAAGAACUGGCCAUGUACAACAAGGUUCGGCUGCUUUUCGACAAGGACCUCGACGAGGCGUACGCUACCCAGCUCAGCUCUGUUGUUGCCCGGCUGUGGGGCAGCAUGCUAGACGAGGUCGUGGUUUGGGGAAUCACCAGACUCAUGGGUGAAUCCUUCCGUCUCCAUGCGCAAGCACUGGUCGGCUAUGUCGACGACAUGGAAGCAUCCUCGAGCGUUUCGACCCCUUCAAUGAUUUCUCAGGGGGCCGACGAGGACAGCGUGUACUAG